CCAAUGACGUCUGAGGAUUCUACGACUCUGUUCCCGUCUCUGACGCGGGAGGACAUCCUGGCUUUCCAGUUCUCCUCCUGGCAUCCCAAAUUUCGUGAUGUCAGCAUCAAGUCGAAGAUCAUAAGACCGCUGAAAAAGGACUUCUGGAAUUAUUUGAAUUCGGAUGUCAUGGCUCCAACUAGGGUUAUCGUAUUGAACGUUUGUGACCCAUCCGGCUCCAGUAAACUGGAUGAAGAAGUUGACGACCAGGAGAGCCAGGGCAGCGACGAGGACAACCCGGGCACACAAUAUGCCUUCCCAGAAUUGGAUGCUCAGAUACGAGAAGCCAUAACAGAAUAUGGAGGUGUCUUCCCUAAACUGAACUUCUCCUCUCCCCGAGACGCAUCAUGGAUCCUCCCAGCAGGCUCACCCAUGAAAUGCACCUCGCCGGCCGAAGUGUACAUGCUGCUGAAGUCCUCCGACUUCAUAUCUCAUGAUUUGACUGAAGAAAACGUAUUCGAGGGUUGCGAACCGUCCGACGAGGCACCUUCCUAUCAACUUGAAUUGGUUCUGCGGAAGUGGUACCCCAUAGAUCCAAGCAGGGAAAUGCGAUGCUUCGUCCGACAGGGCCGCUUGCUAGGGAUCUCGCAGAGGGACACAAACUACUAUGAAUACCUCAACGAUCCCAGCACUUCGCGGCUGAUCCUGGAUUCUGUGCAGGAGUUCUGGGAGAAGAACGUGAAAGAUAGAUGGGAUGCGUGCCCUGACUACGUUUUCGACAUCCUUUUAACGAGGGACUUAUCGCGGGCGCACAUCGUUGACUUCAAUCCCUACGCACCUAGGACGGAUCCGUUGCUCUUCACGUAUGAGGACCUUCAGCGACUCACGCGCACCUCGGGUGCGCCUGAACUGAGGGUCAUUGACUCGCGAUCGCACCCUGCUGCCACUCGUAAUGCGCCAGCCCACCAACACAAUAUGAUGCCAUUAGAAGCUCUCCAAAUGAGUAGCGGCCUUGACAUCGAGGCAUUUGCGUCCAAAUGGCACGAGGAGAUCAAGAGGUCUAUAGAGUGA